CCGCCUGGACCACAGGGACGAGACGCCAUGACCCCCAGCCUCACGGCCCUGCUCUGCCUCGGGCUGAGUGUGGGCCUGAGGACCCAGGUGCAGGCAGGGACCCUCCCCAAACCCACCAUCUGGGCUGAGCCACGCUCUGUGAUCCCCUGGAGGAGCCCCGUGACCAUCUAUUGUCAGGGGACCUUGGGGGUCCAGAAUUUCCAACUGUAUGCAUGGCAAGCCACAAAGCUCUGGAACCAAGAGCUCCCACUGGAGCCCGGGGACAAGGGCAAGUUCUCCAUCUCACACAUGACACAGUCCUACGCAGGGAGAUAUCACUGUUACUAUCGCAGCCCCACUGGCUGGUCAGAGCACAGUGACCCCCUGGAACUGGUGGUGACAGGGGCCCACGGGAAACCCACCCUCUCAGCCCUGCCGAGCCCUGUGGUGACCUCGGGAGGGACCGUGACCCUCCAGUGUGGCUCAUGGGAGGGACUGGACCGGUUCAUUCUGACUAAGGAAGGAGAACCCAAGUCCUCCUGGACCCUGGAUGCACAGCGAGGCCCCCAGGGGCAGACCCAGGCCCUGCUCCCCGUGGGUCGCGUGACCCCCAGCCACAGGUGGAUGUUCAGAUGCCACGGCUUUUACAGGGACACCCCCCAGGUGUGGUCGGCCCCCAGCGACCCCCUGGAGCUCCUGGUCCCAGGUGUGUCUGGGAAGCCCUCCCUCCUGACCCCGCAGGGCCCUGUCGUGGCCUCUGGACAGAGCCUGACCCUCCAGUGUCGCUCUGACGUCGGCUAUGACAGAUUCGCUCUGUCCCAGGACGGGGGACAGGCCCUCCCCCAGCGCCCUGGCCGGCAGCCGCAGCCUGGGCUCUCUCAGGCCGACUUCCCCCUGCGCCCGGUGACCAACACCCACGCGGGCCGGUACAGAUGCUACGGUGGACACAACCUCUCCUCCGAGUGGUCGGCCCCCAGUGACCCCCUGGACAUCCUGGUGGCAGGGUGGCUCCCUGACACGCCCUCCCUCUCGGUGCAGCCGGGCCCCGUGGUGGCCUCAGGAGAGAACGUGACCCUGCUGUGUCAGUCACUGAGCACAAGGGAUACUUUCCUUCUGUCCAAGGAGGGGGCAGCCCAGCCCCCACUGCGUCUUAGAUCAAAGUACCGAGGUGGGCAUUACCAGGCCGAAUUCUCCAUGGGUCCCGUGACCUCAGCCCACAAUGGGACCUACAGGUGCUACAGCUCACUCAGCAGUAACCCCUACCUGCUGUCACACGCCAGUGCCCCCCUGGAGCUCGCGGUCUCAGGACCCUCUGGGGGCCCCAGCCCCCCACCGACAGGCCGCAGUUCAACCCCAGGUCUCAAAUGGUACCUGAACGUCCUGAUCGGGGUCUCGGUGGCCUUCGUCCUGCUGCCCCUCGUCCUCCUCGUCCUACAACGGGUUCAGAGCAGACGCAGGAAGUCGGCCCAGGGCGAGGCUGAUUUCCACCCUCCCGCAGGGGCUGCGGACCCAGAGCCCAAGGACACAGGCCUGCAGAGCAGCUCCUGCCCAGCCGCCGCCGCCCAGGACCAGGCCCUCUAUGCUGCCGUGAAGGACCCACAGCCUGAGGACGGGGUGCAGCUGGACCAUCCGGCCGCCGCAUCUGAAGCCCCCCAGGAUGUGACCUAUGCCCAGCUGAACCACUCGACCUUCAGACGGGUGACUGCACCCCCUGCCCCCCAGUCAGGGGAGCCCCCAGAAGAGCCCAGCGUGUAUGCUGCUCUCGCCGUCCGCUAG